AUGUCUCUCAUCAGUGACCCAGGAUACUUAGUUCACAGUCUAAGACUGUCCUACCUGCGCAACGUCGAUGACCCAUAUGGCGCACGUACAAUCUCCCUGAGCCCAUCCUACACAUCAAACCCUUAUAUCCUCGCAGCCUCACUCGCCGAUGUUCAUCGUUGGCCAGAACUCGAAUAUCCCUCCAGUCCGCCUAUAUCAGACGAUGAAUCAGAGGCUCCUGAUAAGUCCUCGUCGGGUUUCCCUGGGGCGACUGGUCUUAAGCACCACCAAACUAUCAUGGGCAACAGAUCGGGAGCGUUUGGCUUGAGAGUAUCAGGUCGACGCGCUUCUACGUCGAAAAGAGCCUCUCUCAUAGCAAAGAGAGCCAAUAUGCAUAACGAAGCAGCGGAUGCUCCCGCUGCCCUGCCGCGCGUCAACUUCAUCAAUGCUGCUAGUGACGUUGAUACGUGUCCGAUCACUUCAGAACAGGGUGAUGUCACACAACCUCUACCCCUACAACAUCAACCUGCGCUUAAGAAAGACGACCCCCCUCUUGAGCCACCCCCGAGGGAUGUUCCAUUUGUGCCAAAAUUCAAAGGUGCGGCCGAAAUGGAGGCCAGGCGCAGGUUAAGAAUGAUGGCGCGCCGCGGUGUACCAGCCUCCAUGCCAAAAGUUCCCUCUGUACCGACACGUGGCCUCAAUCCCGAUUUCUCUUCAUCUGAUGACGAGGAUGGGAUGUUGGAGGAUGAUAACGAUGACGACUAUGAUUUGGUAGCUCCAGGAGACGACAAUAUGGAUGAAGCAGACGAAUUUGAUCCAGAUUUUGCUGCUACCCGAGGCGCGCACUCGGACAGCGCAUCUGAUGGGGUCUCCAUUCUAUCAGGGACUGCCUCAGUGUUGUCUGGGUCCAAUAUUUCCACGCUUGGAACAUCGCCAUUCGUUGCCCCCUACACCCGGGCACGCUCACGACUCAGCCCCGUGUCUGAACAUCGUGCUGCGGACGAAGUUCACGAGGGGUCUCUUCCAACCAUUCACUCCAAGCCCAUUGAGACUUACUUCGAGAUGAUCAGUCCAAUCCCAAAGCCAGAUCAGCGAUCUGAACCAGCGCCUCAAAAACAAGAAACGCGAAGAAGAGGUGUCUCAAUCUCACUACCUGUCAUUGACGCUCCGUCCGACAUGACAUUCACACGCAAGCCUGUUGUACCAGCGCGCCAGCAUGCAUCUGCUCUCACUGCUAUCCUUGCUUCGUCGGGCGGUCCCGCCAACCCAUUCAGUGAACUAUAUGGUGCCAUAUCUGGACGGGGAGAGACAGCCUCAGUGGACGUCAAGGUUUACUUUCCGCAUGCAAAAGAACCUCACGGUGAACAUCUGACUCUGAAUGUGCGGAAAGAUGCAACUAUGGAGGAAGUCAUUGGUUUUGCCUUAUGGACGUACUGGGACGAGCGAUGGCUGCCCGAACUGAAUGCGGGUGUUAAGGAUGAUGACCCGAAGCUCUCUGCAAUAGGUUGGAUCAUGCGCAUUGCAGAGGAUGAUGGCGAGGUUGAUGAGGAUUUCCCGCCGCCCGACCGCACGGGCAAGAUAUCGAAGUUCGGAUUUGACGCAUUCGCUAUUCUGGCUGCUACUCCACUGCAAAUACAACAAAAUGAACAACUGGAGACCAAGAUACAGCGACGGCCCUCGAGAGUCAUGGCAGCGCCUAAGAAACAGGAUUCAGGACCUCCAGGUGGCUUAACCUUGCCAUCCGUCUCCGGCCCUACAAGCGCGAACUUCGGUACAACUCCAAUCUUAUCAUCUUCUUUGGGCCCUUCGUCAAGCCAUGGGCCCCAGCUAUUCUUGCGUAUUCGCGUUGCAGACACCGCUGAUGCAGUCCAUAUAUCUACCACCAUCCCAGUGUCAGCGGGUAUGUACAUGCAGGAGGUGCUUGAAUUAGUUUGCCGGAAGCGCAAAUUGGCAAACCUCAAGGACUAUGCUCUGGUCGUCAACGAACUCACCAUGUUGGCAUACCUCGACCGUACAGUUGCCAGUCUCGGCGGUAGACGCGAGCUGACGCUGGUCAAAAGAUCCACGCUGCCUCAACUGGGCAUCGAGCCUGAAAGCAGAUCAGCACGCACCACUGACCCGAAUGCUUCCAUUUCCAAACGGAUAUCGGAUGUCCCAGAGAUGCAGUUAAGCUCUGCGGCUGACUACGCAACAGCAUACAAGAAAUAUACCAUUUACCGCAAGAUGCCUAUGCUAGCUCGUCAGGAACGUACUUUGGCUAUUGAUGGUGUUUAUCUACAUAUCAUGCCAUCCACAAACCGAGCCAAAGCGGUCUUUGACAGUGGAAAGACAGUGUCAUUCCAUAUCAAGAGCAUCAUUCAAUGCCAACAGUCCGCCAAAUCGUCAACACUCUUCAAGAUCAUCGUACAACGGGACAGCGGGAGCAAGCGCUACGACUUCGAGGCGGAUACGCCGAAGCUUGCGGGUGAGAUCGUGCAGACUUUACGGAUGUUGAAAUCCCACUUGGACCGUUCCAGUACUGUUAACCGCUCGCGGCGCAGCAGACAUGUUGUAUAA